CACCGAUUUAAACGGAGAAGCAGCACUUCCUGUGUUUUCAACUGAUGCCAAAGAACACGAGUGUUUUGAGGAGAUCGGCUUUGGACUUCUUUAUUAUCUGGAUGAGCAAAAAACAUAAUUUAAGUAACUACUUGAAUUAGAUGUUCAACUUUUCUAAGGCCUAUCUUUACAUUUGACGCUAACGUGAAGUUUGGAAACUUUUAACGUUGGUUUCGGUUGACGAAGGCAAGAUGCCGUCCUGUGUUGAUGACUACGAAGUGCUGUACACGAUAGGCUCGGGCUCCUAUGGAAGAUGCCAGAAAAUAAAACGAAAGAGUGACGGGAAAAUUCUUGUGUGGAAGGAGCUCGAUUAUGGCACCAUGGCUGAGUGUGAGAAACAGAUGCUGGUCUCAGAGGUCAACCUCUUGAGGGAACUCAAGCACCCAAACAUUGUGAGGUACUACGACCGCAUUAUAGACCGCCGUAAUACCAUGCUGUACAUCAUCAUGGAGUACUGUGAAGGUGGCGAUCUGUCUUGUCUCAUCAGCAAGUGUAUCAAAGAGAGGAAGUACUUGGAGGAGCAGUUUAUCCUGCGAGUCAUGGUGCAGCUUUCUCUGGCACUAAAGGAGUGUCACCGGCGGCGCGACGGCAGAGCCACCGUCCUUCAUCGGGAUCUAAAACCAGCCAACAUCUUCCUCGAUGCAAACCAGAACGUAAAACUCGGCGACUUCGGUUUAGCUCGGAUUCUGAACCACGACACCAGCUUUGCAAAGACAUUUGUUGGCACACCAUACUACAUGUCUCCAGAACAAAUAAAUAGGAUGUCAUACAAUGAAAAGUCAGAUAUUUGGUCAUUGGGAUGUUUGCUGUAUGAACUCUGCGCAUUAUCGCCUCCAUUCACUGCUUACAACCAGAAGGAGUUAGCAGAGAAGAUCAGGGAAGGAAAGUUUAGAAGAAUUCCUUUCCGUUAUUCCGAGGAACUGAACUCUCUUAUCAGCAGAAUGCUCAACUUGAAGGAUUACCUGAGGCCGUCUGUGGAGUCUAUUCUUCAGAGCAGUCUGCUGAGUGUCGUGGUCGAGGAUGAGCAGAGAAAGUCAGAAGUUCGACCCCGAAGGAAGUCGGCAGACUCCAGCAGCCCCCCGCAGAGGCUGAGUGAAGCGCCCCACGUCUCAGCGGUGGAGCUCAGGCGGAGGGAACAGGCUCUGCGGGACAGGGAGAAAGCACUGAAGGAGCGCGAGGAGAGGCUGGAGAGAAGGGAGCAACAGCUGUGUGUUCGUGAACAGCUCACAAACGAAAGGCUUGCAAGAGCAGAGAGUUUACUGAGAAAUUACAAGCUGCAGCAGCAGAAGGACCUGAUCUUUCUCGAAGACAUAGAUGCGGAGAUUUUGUCUCCUGGGAAGAAGAAGGUCCACUUUGCUGGUGAAAACAUAGAGAAUGAGCAGCCAGAGGGUCGCCAGAGUGCAACGUCUCAGGACUUGAUGAAAUUGAGACUGCAGGCUGCAAAGCUACGCGCCCAAAAACUCAGCGAGAUGGAGCAAAUGUGCCAAUUCAAGAGCAGGCAGAUGCUCGGCAUACGCUGAGCGCAUCCUGAUGUUCUUCAUGACUGAAUUACAACUGGAUUUUAUGUUUUUAUUUAAUAAUUGUUUGGCAUUUUAGUGAAGCUAAUUUAUCUUGUGUAUUUCAAGUUUUGUUGUUGCUCUCUUUGUUGUCCAACUAUAUUUUAAAUGAUUUAUAGAUUGUGUAAAUGUCAAUGGCAGCUGUUGAAAGUGUUAAAAUAGUGUGCACAUUAUUGCUGUUUUAACAACCCUUUCAUUAAAAAAAAAGAUUUUAUGAACCACUGUUGAAAAUUAAUAAACAAAAAUGUCACAAA